UGCUCCGCGCUCGUGCUCCGCGGGAAACGGCACAACUGUGACCUCGCUCGCGCUCUCUCUGUAACAGUGUUUAGAAGAAUCUACAGCCUCUCUGGGACUCUCCAGUCCAGGUUUGAACAGUCGAGAUGUUCUGGAUCUCGACCUGGUCUAAUGAGGUCUUAGAUGCAGAAGAAGCAGUGAAACGUCAAUUAUUUUGCAUUUUCACAAGAUUGGAACCACACCUGGUACACUGCAAACCCAGACCUCACCCAGUGUUUUCAGAACACUGUCCUUGUGUGGCUGCCAUGCCUCUACCUCUGGAUAUGUGCCCCCAUCUACCUCAUCUACCUCCGUAGCAAUGACCGUGGUUACAUAUGUAUGAGUGUCCUCAACAAAGCUAAGACUGCGGUCGGUUUCCUGUUGUGGAUGAUUUGCUGGUCAGAUGUUUUCUAUUCUUUCUGGGAAAGAAGUUAUGGUAGCAGUGUUCCAGCACUCGUCUACAUAGUCAGUCCAACCUUACUGGGCCUCACCAUGUUGCUGACCACACUGGUAAUCCAGUAUGAACGUAUGAAAGGGGUUCAGUCUUCUGGAGUGCUGCUGAUCUUCUGGCUGUUGGCACUGCUCUGUGCCACAGUCACCUUCAGGUCCAAAAUCCUCCAGGUCCUCAACAAGUCACCUGUGUGUCUGUGGACGUACACGACCUUUUACAGCUAUUACGCUCUGUUGCUGGUCGCUCUGAUCCUGUCCUGCUUCACUGACCAACCGCCGCUCUUCCUCCAGGCUGUCAAAGACACGAAUCCCUGCCCUGAGGCUGGAGCUUCUUUCCUCUCCAGAAUCACCUUUUGGUGGAUCACCAGUAUGAUUGUGACGGGUUACAGGCGCCCUCUGGAGGAGAAGGACCUGUGGUCUCUGAAUAUGGACGACUGCUCACAUCGAGUCGUUCCCCAGCUGGUGCAUCGCUGGAACUCUGAGUGCCAGAAGGUCAAAAGGACGGAGCAGAGAACGCUGUACUCCCCGCGGCCGCUCCCACGCACUGACAGCAAAGAGAGUCGACCUCUGGAGGAGUCUGAAAUCUUGAUUUUAAACCCAGAGAAGAAAACAAAGGAGUCGUCCCUGUUCCGCGCUCUGUGUCUGACCUUCGGGCCCUACUUUCUCAUCUCAUGUCUUUAUAAGAUUAUCCAGGACAUCCUCAUGUUUGUGGGGCCGGAAAUCCUCAGGCUGCUGAUCCACUUUGUUAACGACUCCAGCGCCCCCUCCUGGCAAGGCUACUUCUACACGGCUCUGCUGUUCAUAUGCACCUGUGUGCAGUCGCUCAUCCUUCAGAAGUACUUCCACGUGUGCUUCGUCUCCGGCAUGCGUCUGCGCUCUGCCGUCAUCGGAGCCGUCUACAGGAAGGCUCUGGUUAUCAGCAGCGCUGCGAGGCGCAGCUCCACAGUGGGAGAGAUCGUCAACCUGAUGUCUGUGGACGCUCAGCGCUUCAUGGACCUCAUCACUUACAUCAACAUGAUAUGGUCUGCUCCCCUGCAGGUGGUGCUGGCCCUCUACUUUCUGUGGCAGAACCUGGGUCCGUCUGUUCUGGCCGGAGUGGCUGUGAUGGUCCUGAUGGUUCCUGUCAAUGCCGUCAUCGCCAUGAAAACCAAAACUUACCAGGUGGCUCAGAUGAAGAGUAAGGACAAUCGUAUUAAGCUGAUGAACGAGAUGCUGAAUGGUAUCAAGGUGCUGAAACUGUACGCCUGGGAACUGGCCUUCAAGAAGAAGGUGUCAGAGAUCCGUGAAAGUGAACUGAAGGUCCUGAAGAAGGCUGCCUACAUGGGAGCAAUGUCCACCUUCACCUGGGUGUGUGCACCUUUCCUGGUCGCCCUCUCCACGUUCACUGUGUACGUGCUGAUCGAUGAACACAAUAUCCUCGACGCCCAGAAGGCCUUCGUGUCACUGGCACUCUUCAACAUCCUGCGCUUCCCUCUCAACAUGCUGCCCAUGGUCAUCAGUAGUAUGGUGCAGGCCAGUGUGUCCUUGAAACGUCUCCGAGUGUUUCUCUCACACGAGGAGCUGCAGGAAGACAGCGUGGAGCACAAAGCGUUAGCAGGCUCUCCACACAGUAUCUCUAUAGUGGACGGGGUUUUCAGCUGGUCCAGUACCGAGGCACCAAUACUGAAGAGGUUAAAUGUGUGUAUACCAGAAGGCUCUCUGGUGGCUGUGGUGGGACACGUGGGUUCAGGGAAGUCCUCGUUGCUUUCUGCUCUGCUCGGAGAAAUGGACAAACUGGAAGGAACGGUGUCAGUAAAGGGACUCGUGGCUUAUGUUCCUCAGCAAGCAUGGAUUCAGAAUUCCACUCUGAGAGAGAACAUCGUGUUUGGUCAGGAGUGGAGAGAGACCUGGUAUCAGCAGGUGUUGGACGCAUGUGCCCUUCAGCCCGACCUCCAGAUCCUUCCUGCUGGGGAUGAGACUGAGAUUGGAGAGAAGGGAGUGAAUCUGUCCGGAGGUCAGAAGCAGAGAGUGAGUUUAGCCAGAGCGGUUUACUGUGAGCGGGCUGUGUACUUGCUGGACGACCCACUUUCUGCUGUUGAUGCUCACGUGGGAAAACACAUCUUCAAUCAAGUUAUUGGUCAACAGGGACUACUGAAGGACAAGACUCGUGUGCUGGUGACCCACGGGUUGAGCUACCUGCCCCAGGUGGACCUGAUCCUGGUGAUGGUGGAGGGACAGAUUACAGAGAUGGGCUCCUACCAGCAGCUCAUGGCCACAGACGGAGCCUUCGCUGAGUUCCAGAGAACAUAUGCUACUGUUGACCCCACACACAUCAAUGAAUCCUCAGCAGAGACGGGAACCAAAGGAAUAGAAAAUGGCAGCGUGGCUGCUCUUACUGGCAGCAGUCAAGAUGUCUCACAUGAGUCAAAGCUGUCCCAGGAGGAGAAGGACACUAACCACAUUACUAAGAAUCCAGAGGUGGGCAAGUUGACGGAUGCUGACAAGGCCAGGACGGGACAGGUCAAACUGUCUGUAUUCUGGACUUAUGUGAAAGCCAUUGGAGCACUUCUGUCCCUGAUCAGUCUCAUACUGUUCCUCACCCAUCACACGCUGUCCCUCUUCUCCAACUACUGGCUGAGCCUUUGGACUGACGACCCCGUGGUUAAUGGAACUCAACCGCACAGACAGUGGAGACUCGGAGUGUAUGGUGCUCUCGGUUUGUCCCAGGGCGUGGCAGUGUUCGGAUACUCCCUCUCCAUGUCCAUCGGGGGCAUCCUGGCCUCUCGGUGCCUCCACCAGUCCAUGCUGCACAACGUUCUACGCUCACCUAUGUCCUUUUUUGAGCGGACCCCCAGUGGCAACCUGGUGAACCGCUUUGCCAAGGAGAUGGACACCAUCGACACGUUGAUCCCCAGCAGUAUUAAGAUGUGCAUCGGCUCCAUGUUCCACGUGUUGGGCUCUUGUAUCGUCAUCUUCGUUGCCACACCGCUGGUAGCUGUCAUUAUUCCCAUCGUUGGUCUGCUCUACAUCUUUGUGCAGAGGUUUUAUGUGGCAUCAUCUCGUCAGCUGAAGCGUCUGGAGUCAGUCAGCCGUUCACCCAUCUACUCCCACUUCAGUGAAACGUUGCUGGGAACCUCUGUGAUCCGAGCGUUUGGGGAACAGCAGCGCUUCAUCGCUGAAAGUGACCGCAGGGUGGACCACAACCAGAAGGCUUACUACCCCGGCAUCGUGGCAAACAGGUGGCUGGCAGUCCGCCUGGAGUUUGUUGGAAACUGCAUCGUGUCGUCUGCUGCUUUGUUUGCUGUCGUCGCCCGAGAGAGUCUCAGCCCCGGCAUCAUGGGUCUGUCCAUUUCUUACGCCCUGCAGCUGACUGCGUCUCUGACCUGGCUGGUGAGGAUGUCCUCGGACGUGGAGACAAACAUUGUAGCUGUGGAAAGAGUGAAAGAGUAUCAUGACACAGAGAAAGAGGCGGAGUGGACGCGGGACGACUCGCCCACUCUGCCCGCAGGUUGGCCCACGGAUGGCUGCAUCGACAUCAGAGGGUUCGGCCUGCGCUACCGCCGCGAUCUCGACCUGGCCGUUCGCAACAUCACUAUCAGCAUCGACGGAGGAGAGAAGGUGGGGAUCGUGGGGCGCACUGGAGCAGGGAAGUCGUCCCUCACUCUCGGGCUGUUCCGGAUCAUCGAGGCGGCCGAGGGCCACAUCUUCGUGGACGGAGUGGACAUUUCUCAGCUGGGCCUCCACGAGCUCCGGUCCAGAAUCACCAUCAUCCCACAGGACCCAGUGCUGUUCUCAGGCUCCCUGAGGAUGAACCUGGAUCCUUUUGACAUCUACUCUGAUGAGGACGUGUGGCAGGCCCUGCAGUUCUCUCAUCUCGCCAACUUUGUGUCCGGGCUUCCCAAAAAACUCAGUCAUGAUUGCAGUGAAGGAGGAGAGAACCUCAGUGUGGGUCAGCGACAGCUGCUGUGCUUGGCCAGAGCUCUGCUGAGGAAGACCAAGAUCCUGGUUUUAGAUGAGGCCACAGCAGCGGUGGACAUGGAGACCGACAAUCUGAUUCAGUCCACGAUCCGCUCUCAGUUCAUGGACUGCACUGUUGUGACGAUAGCUCAUCGCCUGAACACAGUCAUGGACUACAGCCGGGUUCUGGUGUUGGAAAAGGGCGAGAUGGUGGAGUUUGACUCUCCUUCUAACCUCAUCGCUCAGAGAGGAGCCUUUUACAAUAUGGCCGUGGACGCUGGUGUGGUCUGAAGCAGGAGGACGAGUCUUCA